GCUGACGGUUGGCGGUUACCAUAGCAACCGGUAACCGACAGCUCCUCCCCCUUUCUCUGUUGCCGCCUGUAACUCUGGCGCAGAACAGCUGGACUGAUGUGAACCACCAACCUAAUGUCCUGGUCUGUUAGGUACAUCUCAUGAACUAUGAUCGGACAGAUAUAUAGUUCCAUAUGACCAGAACACAACACGAUCUUACACAGCUACUGGUUCACCUCAAAGGAUCCUGCAACAAAUGCUAAGGCUAGUUAGCAUGGCCACAGACGAUGACAGAAAAAAGAUUGUCCUUUAACGGUAUGGGACGUAUUAACUCCAAAACUCUUCCUCCACUUCUUGAAAAACCAUGGCUGCAGAUAGAUUGGGAUCAUUCAGUCAGUUACAGCUAGGGGGCGACGUGAUGUUUGUUUUCCUGAGCAGAGACAGAGAGACUGACCUGCAGUUCAUAAACGACUACAAACCUAAAGGUGGCCACCGGCAGUUCAGGAUUCUUCUGCAUGGACCAGUCGGAGCCGGAAAAUCCAGUUUCAUCAACUCCGUCUUCAGCGUCUUGGAGGGUAAAAUCUGUCACAAGGCGACUGCGUGCAACAUCAUUCAGACCAGCUUCACCAAAAAGUACAUGACCUACAAGCUUAAAAAAGGAGACCAGAAAAACGUGUAUCCUUUUGUACUGAACGACAUGACAGGUUUGAGCAACAUCAACUGGAAACACAGAAGAGUCUAUGAGAAGGACAUGAAAAUGGCCAUGAAGGGACACAUCAGGGAUGAGUAUAAAUUCCACCCUCAGAGCGCGUUGUCCGAAACCGAUCCGUUCUUCAACCGGAAUCCAACUGUCAACGACAAAGCUCACAUCCUGGUUACUGUCUUUGAUGCCAACACAAUAAAUCAGCUGGACGAAAGUGUAGCUGAGACAAUUCAGGAGAUCAGAGAUGAAGCCACUGAGCUGGGGAUUCCUCAUGUGGCCAUUCUGUCCAAAAUUGAUGAGGCCUGUCCUGAGAUCAGAGAAGAUAUAAAAAAUGUCUGCCAGAGUCGGGCGUUACAGAAAAAGAUUCAGCUCCUCAGCAAACUGGUGGGAAUCCCAGAGAACUGCAUCUUCCCUGUGAAGAACUACAACUCAGAGAAGAAGCUGAACCAUGAAAUUGACGCUCUGAUCCUCAACACCCUGAGACACCUCAUCGAGAUCGGAGAGGAAUACCUUAGCAGGACUCCUCAUGUGGCCGAUCUGACUAAAACUGAUGACGUCUGUUCUGAGACCAGAAGUGAUGAAACAAAUGUCCGCAGGAGCCAGGAAAAGGUUCACAGCCUCCGCAAAACAGUGAAAAUCCCAGACAGCUGCGACCACCCUGUGAAGACCUAUGAAAGCCGUAAUACACUGUCGUACAUAUCAGACGUCAGAAGUCAAGCAGAACCAGAUGAAGACUUUGCUUCGUGUCAGAAACGCUGCUGGGUUCUGAGAGAGAGAAAAGGGUCCAGUCUGAACCGCACACAGCUGCACUGGGAACAACCCAGUAAGGACUGGGAGGGAAACCUGGUCAGACAGCAGCAGGUUUCUGACGUCAUGAUGAGAACAAAAACAGACGGAAACCUUCCAGAACCACAAACUGACUCAGGUGUAAAUAUGAGAAUAAAUCUGAUCCUCAGACGUCCAGCGGAUCAUUCAGAUUAAAUCUGAACUUUGGGAUCUUCAGAGGAAACAACUUUAACCUCAUUUCUGUCACCAGAUAUUAAAUAAAAGCACACAAAAUCAGA